AUGUCGAGUGAAGGAGCCGAUGCGACUGCAAACAUCCAGACGAACCAAGAUGGCAUUGCCCCAGCCGCCGCCACGCAGACAUCUGCUACCAGCACAGAUGUGGAAAAGCUAGAGAAUACCGCAAAUGGUGAUGAUACGCCGGCACUUGCUGAUAGUACCGAGAAGCCGGCAGUAGAGACAAAAUCGGACUUGCCGGCCGACGACCAGACAGAAGAAUCCAAAGAAGACCCCAAGGAUGAGUCCAAGGAUGUGACCAAAGAAGAAAAGGAAGCUGGCGACAAGCGUGACCACGCUACCAUGUCUGCCGCUGAGCCGGCUGCAGCUACCGAUGAAAAGGACGAAAAGGAAGAGUCCAAGGCCGAGUCCAGCGAGCCGGCGGAAAAAAAGCAAAAGGUCAAACAGGCAGACGAACCGGCUGCAACUGAAAACGGCAACGCCAAUGGUAAUGAUAAUAACAAUAACCAUGAGGCCGUGAAGAGAGGACCAGGCAGGCCCAAGAAGUCCGGAGGAGCUUCAGCACCACAGAAGAAGAAGACGCCAACAGCACGCAGCUCCGACGGAGUUGGAAGCAGAACCAGAAGCCGUCGAUCCCAGCCUGAUGCCUGA